GCACUCGACGGAAGGAUGCAGCCAUCGACGGUGACUGUAGAGGAUUCUUGCCCCUGACUUUCCAGAGGCACACGCUGGCUUCUAUCCGCUCUCAGCGUUGACAUCCACCUGGAUGGAGUAUGUGUCAAGGUGAGAACGAUUGUACACGUACCUUAACUCUGUUCCCCUACUGCUACCAUACCUGUGAACGGAGUUGUCUCUACAUGUACAACGGGAUCUCUUUGUGUGCCUGAAGCCUUCAGGAUAAAAGCUCUCUGCGCCGUACUCAAAGCCUUAGGUUCUCUGAGUUUACCUUUUCGUCCCUCCGCUCUUCGUGACAUUUGUCUUGGCUACCACAACGAUGUUCAGCAAGGUUCCGACUGUCGCCCUCAUGGCCGUCGUCAUUGCAUCCGUGCGCGUGCAGGCCGAGACUCACAUAGUCUCUUUCACGAACAACUGCGGUUAUGGAACUCCCUACUUGUGGGGUCCAGAUGGCGCUCUCUACUCAACCGGAGAGACCGUCGAAUUUGACGGUGAAGCUCAAGGGCUUAUAGCUUACCUCCAGACCGGCGGCUGCGGGAACGACGGCGAAGGCUGUACCUUGGUCGAGGCGACUCUCAUAAACGGAGCCAGCAGCGCAGAUAUCAGUCUUAUCCCUCCCCAUGAAUUCAGUGUGACUAGCGGUUUCGGGUACUACGAUGGCUGCGAUAAUACCGGUGCCGAUUGCACGUACAAUGGUUGCCCUGACGCAUUCUACCAACCGGACCAGACUUGGGUCCAGGUCGGCUGCUCUGCUGACAAUGUGAACCUCGCUAUCACGUUCUGCGACUGAGCCCACGUUCGCUGCAAGCUAGCUGUGGGCCGACAGCUUGACAGAUGGAGUCCAAUAACCCGGCGCACCUGAG